AUGAGAUUCUUCUUUGUGACAUUAUGUACUUAUUUGAUAUUAGUGUUUUGCUUUGUUAAAGGAAAUCCUACUUCAAGACGUUAUCAAGAUGGCGCAAUAAUCGAUAAUAAAUUGUAUGUGUUUGGUGGACGACGAACGUCAAACCCACUAAUCUUAAAUGAGACAGCAGACAUGAAUGAACUUUGGAUACUAAACUUAAAUCAAUCUUUUGAUGUAUCUACACCACCAUGGAUUCGUGGCCCUUCGACAAAUGCUCCAAGAGUUGCAUACCACACAGCCAAUGUUGGCGGCGCAGAAAACGAACUGUUAAUAAUCUAUGGUGGUGAAACACCAGAUCUAAUAUCAUCAAGUUCAUAUGCCGUAUUCGAUACCAAAUCGCAAAAGUGGUCAACUCCUAACUUCACUAAUACAAGUGAAUUAGUUAGAAGGCAAAAACACACAGGCGUUACAAAUUUCAAUGAUUCUACAAUAAUUUUUUAUGGUGGAAAAAGAUACGAUAAUUAUUCGAGUACACCCCAAUUGGUCGAUGAGUUGUUUUUAGUAAAUAUGAGCACUGAUAUUUGGUCCACAUAUAAUUUACCAGUUAGUCCGGAUUCUAGGGAGCUCCAUACUUCGACACUUUUAAGUGAUGGCAAAAUGUAUGUAAUUGGUGGCAUUUUAAAUAACGCCAACAAUAAACUUGCAAAGAUGGAUCUGAUCCCCGUGUUCGAUUUAAAGACAAAUCAAUGGACUCGAGUGCCGGCAAAUGGCUCUGUUAUUCCUUCAGAACGUUAUUAUCAUAAAGCAGUUGGUACAUGGGAUAAUAAAAUUAUAAUUUUCGGCGGAGCGAUGAAUACUACCAGUUUCUUUAACGACCUUUAUGUGUUGGAUACGACAACUAAUCCAUAUAUUUGGACAAAUAUAAUAACAAAAGGAGUCAUUCCUAGUGCUCGAUCUGCUCAUACGAUGGUCAUGGCUGGAACAAAUUUAAUUAUAACUUUUGGGAAGCACGCGGAUGAGUUGAAAGUUGAUUUUCCAAAUAAUACUUUAGUACUCGAUACCACAUCAUAUACAUGGCAGACGACAUAUACACCAAACAAACUAGAGCUCACCACCCCUCCCAAACCUAACAUCAUAAAUACCACUACCUCAUAUUCACCUAUACCAUCUUCUAAUUCAAGCAGUGAUAGUGGCAGCAGUAAGCUAGCAUUAAUUGUAGGUGCUGCAGCUAGUAUAUUAUGCGCCAUCCUGUUUAGUGCUGGGUUAUUCUUUUUUCUCAAUUGGAAAAAACAACGGAAUUUGCUUAAUAAUGACAACAAUUAUAACGAUACCAAUCAUGAGCAAAUUAAAAUAGAAAUAUCUGCCCCUAGCAUUUAA